AUGGCUCUCCCUGACAUGCAGCAAGUUUCACGACCAGCCCAGGACCAAGUCCCAGCCCCACAGCUCCCCGCCUUGCCCUCGAGACCUUCCCAAGGCCAGCUCCUGUUGAAUAACACCACCGCUCUCCGCACAUUCGAGGACCAAGUCCUGUGUCCCAUUUGCUUGGAGGUGUUCCAUAACCCGGUCACCACUGCCUGUGGCCACAACUUCUGCAUGACCUGUCUCCAAAGUUUCUGGGACCACCAGGCUGCCACAGGGGAGACCCACUAUUGCCCCCAGUGCAGAGAGAGCUUCCCCUCCAGGCCCCGGCUCUGCAAGAACGUCGUCCUAGGGGAGAUGGUGGCCUGCUUCACCCAGGGUAAGAACCAGGCCACGGGGCCCUUGUGGAACACAGCUGGGCCCAGGGACGUGCCCUGUGACUUCUGCUCCCCCCAGAAGCUCCGGUCUGUCAAAUCGUGCCUGCACUGUGUGGCCUCUUUGUGUGAGAAGCACCUGCGCAGCCACUUUGAAGACCAGAUGUUCCACAGCCACCAGCUGCUAGAGCCUGUGCAGGAUCUCAAGACCCGCUUGUGCCGCAAGCACCGCAAGCUCUGGCAGCUGUACUGUCGCACGGAAGGCUGCUGCGUGUGUGGCGCCUGCCUACUAGAGGAACACAAGAACCACGAAACGGCCCCACUGGAGGAGGAGCGAGCCCGCAAGGAGAUGGAGGUUCGGAAAGUCCAGGCCAACGUGGAGAACGAGAUGCUAAUCAUUGCCUCCGACAGCCAGAAGCACCAGGGGCGAGUGACCUUUCUCUCGAAACUCAUCCAGACGAUGCGGGAUGAGGUGAACACCUGCUUCUCCGAGAUCAUCCACGAGAUCAAACAGCUGCAGAUAAAGGUCUUGGAUUUCGUGGAGAAAGAGGAGGCAACUGCCCUGGGGAAGCUGGGCAGCUCCAUCCAGCAGAGCCACAACCGGCUUCUGAAGCUAGAGGGGGACAGUGUCUGGCUCCACACCCUGCUCACCAACAGAAGUGAUGAGCAAUUCCUGCAGGAGUUCCCCAAACUGAAGCAUAUCCCAGUCUCCGUGGAACCCCUGAUGGGCACCAGCUGUGAGGAGACACAGAGCUUCCUCCAGCUGCCAGAGACCCUGGCUGAGCUCCGGACCCAGCUGGUGGACAUGGGUCUCAGCUUCGUCAACCAGCUCCUGAUGAAGGGCAUUAGGAUGAACUCCUACGAGGUGCUGCCACUAACCAUGGACAGGAAAACACUCCUCCAAUGUUACUGCAACCUGAACUUCGACCCCUCCACCGCCAGCGAGGAGCUGUUCCUGUUCAAGGAGACCCACUCGGUGCUGAACCUGGGCAUCCUCCUGGAGCCCUCGGCCACGGGCGGCCCGGUCCCGGGCUUCAAGCAGUGGCCGCAGGUGCUGUGCUCCCGCGGCCUGUCCGAGGGCCACUACUACUGGGAGGCGGAGGUGUCCUACUCGUGGAUGUGCCUGGGCGUCACCUACCGCCGCAGCCCGCAGCUCAACGGCGUCCCGCGCCGCAACAUCGUCUACCUGCUGGGCCGCAACCCCUACUCGUGGUGCCUCGAGUGGGACUCGCUCAAGUUCUCCGUGUGGCACAACAACACGCAGACGGUGCUGCACGGCGCCUACCACCGCACGCUGGGCGUGGCGCUCGACUGCGCCGCCGGCUGCCUCUCCUUCUACGGCGUGGCGGGCGGCGUGAGCCUGCUCUACCGCUUCCUCGCCACCUUCCUCGAGCCGCUCUUCCCCGCGGUCAUGGUCAGCAGCGGCGCCUCGGUCACGCUCAAGCAGCGCCCCGACGCGUAGGCGGCACCCGGCCGGCUCAGGGUGACGGCCAAUAAAGCUGGACUCCGAGCGCUGGCUGGGCAGAGCCGCAAAGGGAGGGUGGCCGGCCCCGUGUGGUCCCCUGCGUCCAGGGUGGAGGGUGGGUGGCCCGCCUGCCUCCCACUGCAGCUCCGGCCAGGCAGUCCCUGGAACUGCAAAUGGGCAAUGGCCACAAGAACCAGGCUGGAGUUCCCCUGGGGAUGAGGACAAGUCCUGGAGCCUUCGAAGAGGACACUUCUGCCCCGGAUGCUCGGCCCAACACUCAUCUCCCACCCCAGCCGAGGCUCCUGCCUUGGUUCUCAGGCUGAUCCUGGUCACUCAGCACUGGGGCCUGUCCACGAAUGCCUUGCUGCCUGAGAUUGGGCCACCUGACUUCUCUCCGGCUUCUCCUUCCUGGGUGGCCAAAGACAGAAGUGUCAAGGGACAGAGUUGAGAAGGGGUGGUCUGAGCCCUGGCUUAGCUGGGAGCUAGGAGGUUAAGAUGGAGGAACACAGGACUAUCUUUCUCGGUUUCAAAACUGAUAGGCUGAAGACCAAGGGUCAAGCAGAGGCCCAGGCUGCUGACCCCAUUGCCCAUCACAGGGCUUCUCCUACCACUGGUGGCUUCAAGCCUGGAGAUGCCAUGCUGGGUGGUAAACUUAGACCAUCCUCCACCCGCCCCUAAGGCUCCUAAGAGAAGCUGCCUGCCCCUAAGCCAUGAGCCCACUUGGCUCAGGGCUCCAACAGCAUGGGGGCCUCUGCCGUCGGACCUGCCCAAUGGGAUGGAUGGAAGUCUGAAGACAGGCUGGACCCAGGACAGUUCUCUGCCUCCGGACCCUGGCAGGGCCAAGACUGGGGUCUCAACCCCCAUGGGGGAGCUGAGGAUUCUGGUCCAGCAGGAAACCACCUUGGUAUUUCCAGCUUCAACCAGCCCCGGUCCCUGUAGGUUCCACACUGAGGGUUCUCUCAGUUGAGUUAAUGUUUGACUCCCAAAAGGAAACCGUACAAGUCACGGGGAGAAAAUCCCCCAGGGCAAAGCAGUAGGCACCCAGGUUAGAUGGCACCCCACAAGGUGUUCCAGAUUCCACCCGGGUUCGCUGGUUUCUGAGGCAAUAAGUGACCCAGUUUUCCCCUUGAGGCACUUAUUUUGGAGCAGGCAGAGCAGGAAGAAAACGGGGACCUAGGGUGUGCUCUGAAGGUCUCCUGGAGGUGCAGUCCCUUUAGCUCUUCUGAGCAAGCCCUAGCUGUGACCUCAUGGUGACCUUUCUCCCUGGAGUCUUCCAGCUCUAGUGACUUUUUUUUCCUUUUCAGUUUUUUAGUUGUAGAUGGGCACAACACCUUUAUUUCAUGUACUUUUAUGUGGUGCUGAGGAUCGAACCCCGUGCCUCACAUUUGCUAGGCAAGUGUUCUACCUCUGAGCUACAGCCCCAGCCCCUCUAGUGACUUAUUCUCCAGAGGCUGCUGUCCCUGCAUGUAGCAAGUAGUGAGAUGAGAGCCUUUCCCCUUAUUAAAGAGAUUUUUUGUGUGUGCCCCCAUAACACACCCCACCUUCCUUCUUCCUGACUCAAAGGGGAAACCAGAGGAGGGAUGCCCAGGAGGCUAAUGAACACAGUAGGGCCACGUGGAUCUCCCAGUCCUCCCCCAGUAGGGGGCUGCAAAGGAGGACCCCUUCUCCUCCUGGCUGCAAGGAUUCUUAGCAGCAGGGUGCUAUGUGAGCAGUCAGGGCCCCUGGAGCGCACCUCCAAAGGGGUGUGUGGUUUACUGGCUUUCUCAAACCGCUGGGACUUUUUUUUUUUGCUGGACCUUUAUAUGUGGUGCUGAGAAUUGAACCCAGGGCCUCACACAUGCUAGACGUUAGUCAGGCACUCUACCAUUGAGCCACAACGCCAGCCCUAAAACAGGGUCUUACUAAGUUGCUGAGGGUCUUGCUAGGUUGCCUAGGCUGUUCUCAAACUUGCAAUCCUCCUGUUUCAGCCUCCCAAGUCUCUGGGAUGACAGGCAUGUGCCAUCACACCAGGGAGCAGUCUGUUUUUAACCACUAUGCUACACAGCCUCUUGUAUAAUGUGUUCAUUGUGGAGAACUCACACAAUAUGGAAAUAAAACCACCCAUGUUCUACUCCCUCAA